ACGAACUCUAGCUGACUACAACAUUGUUUUAUAAAUUUUAGAACUCUUGAUGUCAAUUGGCGUAAAGGGCACUGUGUUUCUAUACGUAUACUAUUAUACUGAGAGAUAAGGAUCUGUGAAGAGAUAAGGAUCUGUGAUAAGGUCGCUUGUAUCAUGGAGAACAUUGGAAUAAUCGGUUGCGGUCUUGUGGGUCAGAGCUGGGCCAUCGUCUUCUCGACGGCGGGUCAUCGAGUGCGUAUCCAUGACAACAACCCGGAAGGACUUUCCCGCGGGAUGAAGUCAAUCUUACAGAAGAUGGAAGAUUUAGAGGCAAAAGGGGCACUACGAGGAAGCCUAUCCGCGCAAGAGGCGUUCAAACUUAUCCAGUCCGCACCCAGCAUCGAGCAAUGUGUAUCUGAUGCUGACUAUGUGCAGGAAUGUGUGUUCGAGGACUUCAAACUAAAACAAGGGGUGAUGGCGGAGGCUGAGAGGUUCGUCCGUCCGUCCGCCAUUCUUGCCAGCUCUACCGGAAACAUAUUCCCCUCCCGCCUCUCAGAGGGACUCAAACUGAAGGAGAGGAUCAUUGUCGCCCACCCGCUGAACCCUCCGCACCUGGUUCCUCUCGUUGAGAUCAUCCCUGCACCCUGGACCGCCGCUGACGUCACUUCCAAUGCGAGGCGGCUGCUUGCGUCCGUUGGUCAGGAGCCGAUUGUCGCCCGGAAGGAGACGGCGGGUUUCAUUAUCUGCCGGGUGCAGCACGCCAUCACCGCCGAGUGCUUCAAGCUGAUCAGGGACGACGUUGUAAGCGUUGAUGACCUUGACAAGCUGAUGCCACACGGUCUAGGGCUGCGUUACGCCUUCCUUGGGGCGCUCGAAACUUCAUAUCUCAACGCUAACGGCAUCGAGCAUUUCUGCAACAUGUAUGGUGACGCAAUCUACGAGUUACAGGAACAGUCAGGGCCGCCAAUCCGUCUAGAGGGCGCCACACUGCAGACCAUUCAGCAGCAAAUAGAGCAGCGAAUUCCAUUGGAUAAAAUAGACGAGCGAAGGCAAUGGCGGGACGAACGCCUUGCCGAGUUGUAUAGAUUGAAAAACAAGAAGUCUUCUGAGUAGUGUUCUAUUUUGUACAUAGAACGAAUGCAUAUGUUUAAAGAUAUUUUAAUUGUAGCUGCUAUGUAGACAAUAAUGAUUUUUUUUUUAUAUUCACAAUUUGCAGCUGUUCCAGCCAUGCGUUGUUUUGUCAUGUUGCUAAAUCGAAACAAACAUCCUAUAUAAUUUAAAUGUUGUACAAGAUUUCUGUUAUAAACGAUUUUUGCUUGGUCCGAAGACAA